AUGUCGGCCCCGACUGCCGAACUGCUCGAGAGCGGCGUCUGCCACCUGCCGGGCGUGCUGGCACCGGAGGUGGUUGCGGGGAAGCCGGCGCCGCCACGGUACGCAGAGGUGGUCGAGCAGGAGGGACGACGGAUCGAGGUCAAGCAGCGGACGACUGGGGUUCUAGUCCGAGCAGUCCUCUCCGCCGAGCCCCUGCGCAACCUCCUCCUUGCAGCGCUCGGCGACGACGCCGAGUGUCUUGCCGCCGGGACGCUCGUUGCGAUGUCAUCAUCGUCGUGGAGUGAGUGGUCUGAGCUUGAGGGGAGGGGCGAGGGCGGCGGUAACCCGGAGGCGUCUCCCUGGCGCGCGGAAGGCACGCACCUCUUCGACGUCGACGUCCCCCUCCCUCCGUAUGCGUUGACCUGCUACGUGCCGCUCAAUGACCUGACACCGGAGAACGGGCCAGCCGAGUUCGCUCGCGGGUCGCACGUGCCAGGGCGCGAGUAUCGGGGCGGUGAGCGUCCAAAAGGCGGGCUCGGCGCGGACGGCGGCGCAGCCUCCGCUGCAUCUUUCGGCAUGCUCCGGCCGCUCGGCACCGAGGGGCUCAGCGUGGGAGAGGUAAUUGACCACCUGAAGCAGGCGGACGGAGGCGCGGGGAUCGUCGAGGCUCUCAUUGAUGCCGCGGGGAGAGGCGAGGCGCGGCGGCCGCCGCCGCUCGCAGCUUUGCCAGUCGCCGCGGCGCACCAACAGGUGGCGGACGACUGGGAGGCACUUGUGGCGUCUGUGGCGCAGGCACCAGAUUGGCAAGGGCAGCCGCUUACUUGGAGCGAGUCGGCCGACAGGGUGCUACGGCAGUGCGCGUCGCCUUCAGCCGCCACAGUACAGCGAAGGUCUACGCUGCUCGCGCGUGCCGGCGACGCCGUCGUCGUCGACUACCGUUUGUGGCGCCGCUGGCUCCCGAACCGUUCCGACGCGGACCAGCAGCUGCUGUAUGCCGUGGUGGGCAGGCCCUGGUGGGGAGAGAAGCGCGGCACCGGCGAGGGGCCCGAGUCGCUCUUCGAAGCCCUCAGCGCGCACAUGACGGUCGCGGUGGGCGACGACCCCGUCCCUGCCGACGGCAUCGCCCGCGAAGAGCUCCUUCGCAGGCGCGUACCGCUCGCUAGCCUCUAUUUUUUCUAA